AUGUCACCAUACCAAUUGGUAUUUGGCAAGGCUUGCCACUUGCCAGUUAAACUGGAGCAUAGAGCCUUCUGGGCUCUAAAACUACUGAAUUUUGAUGAGCAAGCCGCUAGAGAAAAGAGAUUAAUGGAACUCAAUGAGUUGGAAGAGUUUAGAAAUCAAGCAUAUGAGAAUGCAAAAAUCUACAAAGAGAACACAAAAAGGUGGCAUGACCAAAAGAUAGCAAGAAGGGAGUUCACUGAAGGACAAAAGGUGUUACUCUACAACUCAAGACUCAAGUUCUUCCCUGGAAAACUCAAGUUUCGAUGGUCAGGACCUUUCACCAUACUCAAAGUGUUUCCCUAUGGUCAUGUGGAGCUCAUUGAGGACAAGACUCAGAGAACUUUUUCUGUCAAUGGCCAUAGACUCAAACACUACUUGGGAGGCUCCUUGGAGGAGCAGAGAGUGAGCUACAAGCUCAGCUAA